AUUUCUCAUUUUUUUAGUUUUUGUCUCUAGUAUAUUUUAUCACUCCUUUAUAUAUAAAGUUCGUAUAUAAACACCAAAAGCAUUUCAAAAAUCAUAUUUGUUCUCCAUUGUUUCGGAUAUUUCAAGGUGCAUAGACGAAAAAUCAUCGAUCUUUAAAACCACUUCAUUUUCAAGAACCAAGGAAAACAAAAGGAUUUCGAUUGCCUGAAGGAUUUGUUUUCAGGUGAUGAAGCUUGUGGAUCUUAAAGAGUUUGGAAGUGAGGCUGUUCUAAAGGAAUAUGGUUUAGUCACUCAUGAGAACUUAGUUAGUUGUUACGAUCACAUGGGAAGUUCUGCAAUGUGUGAGACCUCGGGGCAUGGUUAAACGAUGAGUUGGAACCAGCUUUAUAUGUUUAGUAAUUUCAUACCAGUGGCAAGAGAACGCCAACAGUUUCUUCUCCUCUUCAGAUCCUGGCGCAAAUGAAGCAAAAACGAGUAAUGAGUACAUAACCUGCCAGUUGAGUAGAGUAGGGCGCCAAUGACUGAACUAAAAUCGCCACUAUUUUUCUUAAUUGCGUCGAGCCCACUUAUCUCUAUAAAAUUAAUUUGGUUGAAAGUUAAGAUGGGCCUUUAGACAUAUAUGUUUAUUGUCAAGAAAGCAUAAUAAUAUGGAAUACAUUACUUGGGCCUACAUUAACUGGAUUUGAGGCGGCAAUUAUGGAAGGCAAAAUGGGAUGACAAUUAAUUGAAAAGGUGUGCUCGAGAAACAGGAAAGAAUAAAAUAUCAAAAGAGAUUAAAAUGGGUCAUGACAAAUAAAGAGAAGAGAGGCAUAUGGGGUACACCUAUUAUUGUUUUCGAAAUCCAAGAUAUACAUAAAGCAAUUGUUAUUGUUUUCGGAAAAGGAGAGUUAGACAGAAGACAUUAAUGGGCCGCAAGCCCAUGAGGGAAUUAGUGGACGGCAGAAAGGGAAACAUUGCAGGAACAAAUUUUUGGAGGCCCAUUAUUUGCUAUAGGGGCGGCAGCCCUGAUUGGCUAAGGGGGCGGCAAUCCUUAUUGGUUGAGUGGACGGCAAUUAUUUUUAAGGAGGGGACCAUAUAUCAGGUGGACGAAAAAUAUAUUAUAAGGGGAUCAGACGGCAGCAAGACGUAGAGUUCGAUCAACGAAAAUUAUAAUUCUUUUAACGGCUGCGAUCAAGAAGAGGAAAGAAAAAGAUUGGUUCGAGGGUUCAAGGCACGAUCAAGAUUUAAUCUCGGGUUUGCAAAUAAUUAAUUUAUUAGUUUCGAUAUACUUUUUGUCAUCAAACUUGAUACUAUGAAUUGUUUGUUAUUUGAGACUUAUUUCUUUUUAGUGACUAUGGUUCUUGGCUAAUUUUCUUUAACUACCUAGAUAUGGUUGAUUGAUUGCUAUAUGUUUUGAUUUAUAUUUUGAAUUUAUGGAAGCUAUGGAUUAUUUAUAAAUUGUAAACGGCUUGUUCUACCGGUUAGAUGUGUUUGCGUGCUUGAUGUUAUUUGAAUAUUGAUUAUUGCUUCGUUCGAUUCUUGGUGACGGUCUUUAUCACAUAAUAGAGUCGGGCUAGGGUUUUAGGUUUUGGUGAGUGUCUAUAUCACAUAAUAAAUCUUUAAUCCUUUAGGGUGAAAAAUGCAUAAGUAGCCUUAGAAGUAAUAAUUGGUAAUCUUAUAAAAUCAAGUGUUCUACUAAUCAUCAAUAGCUGUAAGGUGCGAGAUUAUUGCUAGGUCUAAGUGAUUAAACCGCAAGGUGGGUCCUUCUUAGGAAGUUAACCUUUUGGCUGUUGUCUAGCAAGUCUAGCUGAGAAAACAAGCCUAUCCUAGGUUUAGGUCUCGUAAGGGAGUGAACCUUGUAGGACACUUUUAUAAACCCAUUAGAUGUCUUGUAAAGGAGUCUAAUAACCGGUAAUUUAACAACCUUUAGGGGAUCUUAGCGUGCUCUUGAGAAGGAUUAGGGGUCCUUAGAUUUCCCGAGGGGUGAGAAUUUCAAGAUCCCGGUUCCAUAGCAGACAACUUCCAAAUAUAAUCAUAACUAAAAGCAAUCAGGAUUCCUGUCUAGGUAGUUCCUUCAUCAUCCUUGAGUUCAACCUUCGUGUGAGUUCGUGUCUAGUGCGUUUAGUUAACCUAGUUAAUCUUUAAUUAUAAUUUUAGGAUAUUUAGAACCCCCCCCCCCCCAAUCAAUAAACAAUUAGUUGAGUCGUGUCAGUCUAAGUCUAGAUAGAGUCGUUAGCGUAAUCAGUAGAGUCUCUUGGGUUCGAUACUCGGACUUCCUUAGGCUAUACUACACCGAUCGGUACACUUGCCGGUUGUGUGGUUUAGGGUUUAGAGAGUCUUAGUUUUAUAAAUUUAAAGCUUAGAGAGUCUAGAAUUAGGGUAAUUUAGUUAGUUUUAAUUAACCCAUUUUCAGCACAUCAAGUUUUUGGCGCCGUUGCCGGGGACUCUUUGGCGAUUGCGUUGAUUACUUUGUUUGGACUUAAUUGACACAUACGUGCUAGUGUUUUUGUAGAUUGAGUCAUAGGAGUCUAAUUGUCCGUGUUUUUUUUUUUGUUUUCUUAUUUAUUUUAUUUUUCUUGAGUCUAGUAGAUAUGUGUGAAAUUUGUGGAGGGCCUCACUUUACAGUUAAAUGCCCCCAGUAUGAGGGGUCCUCUGCGGAUUAUGAUACUAACCCCUUUGUGCAGCCACAGCAAUAUUCUUUGCAGGGGUAUCCCACAAAUGCUAAGGAGAGGUUUCCCCAUUUUUUCGAGCUCAGGGAAUUAAUUAUGAAUUGCGUGCGAAUAAUAAAAGAGUUUCGGAAGUGCGGGGAUCCAAGGUUUCCGAAAAUGGUCGGCAUACUUGAUCGAAUGAUCGGACAAAUAGGCCCAAUGAUAGAGUGUGACCUCAGUCGGCAAAGGGAUCCAAGGUGUGAAGAAUGUGGUGGACCACACUGGUAUGAAGAAUGUGCGAUCGCUGCUCGGUUGGAAAUGGGUUGGGAAAACAGAGAGCAGAAGCAACAAAUACAAUGGGGCGAUUAUGAUGAUGAGUGGAUUACAGUUCAAAGCUCAUAUUAUAAGGCGAUAGUGAUCCCCGAGCUUGCUGAUGGGGAGACGAUAUGGGGAUAUGUGGAGAGUAAGGCAGAAAAAGUAGAGGUAGAAAGAGAAGAAGAAGAGGAGGUAGAAGUUGAGCAACCAUCUAAUGAAGAUCAGAUGACUUGGGAGAAUGAAUUUAAGGAAGAACUAGAUGGGUUGCCGGUAGAUGAAGAGGUAAAGGAGUUUGAUCCGCAGGGAGACCUUGCUUACUUAGAAGUUUUACUUGAAGGAAACCCAAUGACGGACAUUAAAGAAGAAGAAGUGGUGGUGGAAGAGGAAGAGCACCACAGCUGGCCCCUGGUGUUAGUACUAAGUGAAGCUGAAAAAUCAACAACACCACGGGAGAGGGCAAAGAAAAGGAAGAUAAAGGAUCUGAACCGGAAGAGGAUCGAAGGUUGGGGAGAGAUGGAGAGGAAGAAGCCGUUCACGAACGAUCGGUCUUCUCAUUACAUGUCACGCAUUCGGUCUCUUCCAGGUAUGUUUAAAUUUUGGUGGUCUGACCCGUUUGAAAAUUUUAAAAUAUUUUAUUAUUCCACCAUUAUAUUUUUAAAUAUUUUUGAGUAUCAGGUGGAAUUAAACGGGUUGGAUAGGGUCCAGAUCAAAGAAAAACCUCCUGAUUAAAUUCAAGUAUGGGGAGGUUUUGUAGAGUUUGUAUUUUGAGUCGUAGUUUUUGUUUAUUGAGUCUUAGUUAGUAGUUUUUGAGUAAUUUUUUUAGAGUCAGUAUUGCUUUGGUAUUUUGCUUGUUUUUGUUGAUGCAGGUUCGAAUAUGUACCACCUGUACUUAAUCUCCAUUUGGGUGAGUUUGGAGCUGUUUAUUCAAAUUUCGGGCAUUUAUCAAGCAUGUUAGUCAGUGUCAAAGCCGAUCGCGAAUGAAAUGCUAUACGAUCGAGCUGGAUUGGACGAGAGUUUUAGAGCUUACACAUUAAUUAAACCAGCUAAGUCCUUUCCGAUUUGCCCUAGUUUUUUUUAUUUCUUAUUUCUUUUUAGUUUUUGAGUCGGUUUCCAUCUUACAUUGAGGGCAAUGUAAAAUUUAAGUGUGGGGAUGGGAACGAUUGUUUAGUGUCUAGUUAGUGUGUCUUGAGUCAAAAAUAUAAAAAUACAAAAAAAAUAAAAAAUUGAAAAAUCCAAAAAAAUUAAAAAAAUAGAAAAUGUCCUUUGAAACAAGAAGUUUGCAAAAAUAAAAACGGAAAAUGAUAGAAAAGUCGGGUUUUUGUUCGGGUUCAAAUAAUAAUAAUAUGAGAUAAUAUAAUUGAGGUUGUGUCUAGUUUGGGAUAUGCGGGUAGGCUCGAUUCGGUUCUGGGUUCCUUUGAUCUUAAUAUACCUAAUGUCGGUCUACUAGUGGGUUCUCAUCUAGGGAAAGUGGGGAAAUUGAAACCACCAAAAAUAACAUAAGGGGCACCGUUAUAAGUUAAAACCGUUAGAGUUUGUGGUCUUGAAAAAAUGGAAUAAAAAGUGAGCUAGAAACUAAAUGAAAGUAGCCAUUCCUAUGUAGUCUGGGUUGGGGAUAGUGACUCUACAGCCGGAUUACCGCUAGGGUGUGUGAAAUCGACCGUGCAAAGCUAUGAAAAGAAACAAAUAAUAAAAAGUACCGAAACUAAGUAGUCUGUGGUUGGGGAUAGCGACUCUACAGCCGGAUUGCCUCUUGUUUUGGGAAAGCACCGUCUAGACUCACGAAAAAAAUGGAGAAAAAAAAUAUAUGAAAAAAAAAGAGAAAAAGAAAAAAAUUUUGAUUGUAAACUCUCCUGGUUUUGAUAUAAGACGGUUGGGAAUUGGUCCAGUGAUCGUUCUCUUUGUGCUAUAAGUUUGAGGUGGGAUUAGGUGUACCUGCGAUUUUUAGUGUGAGACCCUAGGUAGAUUGACCAUAAUUGAACUAAAAUUACAUGAUAAGGGCUUGGAACCGGGUUGGGUUUAAAAGGAUCAUUAUACUUGCAAUCACGGCUAACACAAGUUUCGGUUUUAAUUAAUUAACAUAAGUUUUGUCCCGAACGACUAUUCUGACUAUGAUUCCGUUUUGCAUAAUUCUUUUUCGGGGACGAAAAAAAGUUAAGUGUGGGGAUAUUUGAUGUAGGUUAAAAUACACAUAUUUGUCCCGUGUAAAUUGUAUAAUUAUUGUAUAGUUUUUUAUUCUUUUUAGUAAGUUUUAAUAUGAUAUUAUAUUAUAUUGUGUUUUGGCAGAUCCUGGCGCAAAUGAAGCAAAAACGAGUAAUGAGUACAUAACCUGCCAGUUGAGUAGAGUAGGGCGCCAAUGACUGAACUAAAAUCGCCACUAUUUUUCUUGAUUGAGUCGAGCGCACUUAUCUCUAUAAAAUUAAUUUGGUUGAAAGUUAAGAUGGGCCUUUAGACAUAUAUGUUUAUUGUCAAGAAAGCAUAAUAAUAUGGAAUACAUUACUUGGGCCUACAUUAACUGGAUUUGAGGCGGCAAUUAUGGAAGGCAAAAUGGGAUGACAAUUAAUUGAAAAGGUGUGCUCGAGAAACAGGAAAGAAUAAAAUAUCAAAAGAGAUUAAAAUGGGUCAUGACAAAUAAAGAGAAGAGAGGCAUAUGGGGUACACCUAUUAUUGUUUUCGAAAUCCAAGAUAUACAUAAAGCAAUUGUUAUUGUUUUCGGAAAAGGAGAGUUAGACAGAAGAAAUUAAUGGGCCGCAAGCCCAUGAGGGAAUUAGUGGACGGCAGAAAGGGAAACAUUGCAGGAACAAAUUUUUGGAGGCCCAUUAUUUGCUAUAGGGGCGGCAGCCCUGAUUGGCUAAGGGGGCGGCAAUCCUUAUUGGUUGAGUGGACGGCUAUUAUUUUUAAGGAGGGGACCAUAUAUCAGGUGGACGAAAAAUAUAUUAUAAUGGGAUCAGACGGCAGCAAGACGUAGAGUUCGAUCAACGAAAAUUAUAAUUCUUUUAACGGCUGCGAUCAAGAAGAGGAAAGAAAAAGGAUUGGUUCGAGGGUUCAAAGACACGAUCAAGAUUUAAUCUCAGGACAAAUGAUGGCGUGUUCGUUAUAUGGUUGCAAAUCAGUUGUAUGAGCUAUGUAAAGUUGUGGGUCCCGAACCUACCAAGAUGGAUUUGGUUCCGGCAUGCAUGAGAUUGCUUCGGGAUUCGGUUCGGGCAUGCGCGAGGUUGCUUCAUGAUAAUGAAGCCGAAGUACGUACAACAGCCGCUGGUAAAAUCACCAAAUUCUCUUGCAUUCUUAGUCCGAAACUUACUGUUCAACAUAUUCUUCCAUGGGUCAAGCUGCUACAUGUGUCAAACUUGAGAACACAAAAAUUAAUGAAGAUCUGACUUCUUUAUCAUCUUCGGAAAUGCACGAUGAUGAGAAGGAAAUGGUUCACAAAAAUUAAACGAUCACACGGUGGCCACCGCUUCUUGUGGUGAUGUUGAUUUAGCACCAAAGUCUGAAGAGGCUUCUUUUAUCCUUUUUAACCAACUUUUAUAAUUGUAACUGGACAUAUAUUGUGAUCGAUGACCAGAGAUGUGUUUUCCAGAGGAUUCAUGAAGAAACGUUCUAAAGGUGAAGACAAACAGGGUCAAAUACCCCAAGGGCUAGGAUCUUGUGGAGCCAACUCUUAAUGAAUUUUAGAAAAACAUGAGAGAAGGUUUGGUUUAUUUAUUCAUAUUAAUGUCACGUUUUGUUAAAGCUAUUUAUUUAAUUUGCAAAACUUUGAAGAUUAGUGUAGCAUGGAAAUAGUUAAAAGAGCAUCCGAUUUUGAUUAACACCAUGCAAUAUUAGAGGUGUUCAUGGUCCGGUUCAAACCGGAUCUAACGGUUUGGUUUAAAACUAGUCCUACAUAAGAGACCGAAUCAAACCAAACAAGACUUGUUUAAACAAGUCAAUUAAUUGUGUAUUGUAUGUAUCGUGUAUGUUUGCUCGGGCAUUUUGGUGGUGGGUGUUCGUGUGGACCAAAGUUCCCAUUUCGGCGACCUUCCAAUCUUUAUAUCAGAUGAUCUUGCACUGCUUCAGUUUAGGCCUUUAGUCCUGGUUAAGAAAAAGGAACAAUUGUUGUAUGCCAUUUACUUUAUAACUACUUCGACUUUAUGGUUGCAUUGCAACAACAAAAUUUUCCAUGGGAAGAGUUGGUGGAAGAAAUCAAGGUUGUGACCUUCUGGCGUGUAACAAGGAGGCUCAAAGGAGCAGACGUCAGUCUGACAAUUGGAGUAGGUUCAAGAAUUUAGUCUAAGUUUGUUUUUUCGCAUGUUGUAUUUCAUUCUGUACUAUUGUGGGAGUACUAGGGUUGUUUAGCUGCUUGCUAAAGUCCCUGUUUGUAUUAUGUUCUACUUUAUCACAGUGGAGAUCUC